AUGUGUUUACACUGCCUAGCUGCGGACCACCUGCCUUCCCGGCCCACGGGGCAGGUAUCUAUAUAUGGGAUCCAUCUCCUUGUUCACUGUCCGGGGGAAGUGAGCCUCUCCUUUGGUCCUCGCCACCUGUGAAUCUGAAAGAAGCCUGGCCCGGGCAGCAUGCGUCUCCUCUUACUCCAGCUGCUGCUGCUCCUGCCUCUGGGGAAGGCGGCGUGGCCCGAAGAUGGCGGCCAGGGUUCGAGUCCUGGUCCUCUUGUGCUCCGAGGAAGGAAUCACAGAGAGCUUCCCAUCGGCAACCACGAGGAGGCCGAGAAGCCGGAUCUGUUCGUUGCAGUGCCCCACCUGAUCGGUGCCAGCACUGCCCGGGAAGGCCAGAGGCAGAGAGAGAAGAUGCUGCUCAGGUUUGGCAGGUUCUGGAAGAAGCCUGAGAGAGAACUGCACCCAACCCAGGACCCAGCCAGUGAGCACUUCUUACCUGGGACCCAGGCCCUCGGUCCGUCCAAGGAUGGGAUGCAAACGAAGAAGUCUCCUCUUCAGGAAGAAGCCAAGAAAUUCUGGCACCACUUCAUGUUCAGAAUGAGCCCGGCUUCUCAGGGUGUCAUCUUGCCCAUCAAAAGCCAUGAAGUGCAUCAGGAGACCUGUAGGACAGUGCCGUUCAGCCAGACUAUCGCCCAUGAAGACUGUGAGGACGUGGUUGUACAGAACAACCUCUGUUUCGGGAAAUGUGGGUCUGUUCGUUUUCCUGGAGCUGCACAGCAUCCUCACACCUUCUGCUUCCACUGCUCGCCUGCCAAAUUCACCACCACGCACCUGCGGCUGAACUGCUCAGACCUUACCCCCGUGGUCAAGGUGGUGAUGCUGGUGGAGGAGUGCCAGUGCAAGGUGAAGACGGAGCACCAUGAGCAUGGACACCUCCUACAGGCAGGCUCCCAGGCGGAAUCGCACGCCCAGGAUCCCUUUAUCCCAGGAUUUUCAACUUGA